GAUCUUCUGUUGUGCUUCCAGGAGCAUUCUACGACUCUUUGUUGCUGGGUUUUUAACUGGCUACGUUUCAUUGUUAAAUUAAAGAUGUGGCAUACAGACUGAUAACGGCAUUUUUUCCCAAAUCAAAAACCCCUUAAUAAUCGGCACUGAGACUCAUUGAUAGACGGGUUUCUCAGCCUAGUCUGGCGCCACAAUUGCCGGCCUUCCUCGAUUGGAUUUUCGAUAAGCACUAAGCUACACCACCCUGGCGCAUUCUCUCGACGUCUAGGAUGCUGCCGAGGUGGCCCUUCGGCUAGUCAUGCUUCCCCAGUCCUGCAGUUCAUUCAACGCUAGCGCACGGCAAUAUCCAAUAGAUGCCCUUGUUUGACGUUGCUGUUAAGUAAACGAAUCCAUUGUUUCCAGGACAUGCAUCUGCUUAGCGCACGGUUCUUGAACUCAACACUGGUGGUGGCGGCACCUGAAAAUCGCCAUGAUACGGACUUGGAGUGCGAAGCUAUCAGGGGAACUUGCGGGGUGUUGUUCCAUUCGCUUGGAGCCAAACCCUAGGUUUACAAUCUAGCUGAAUUCUCCUGGAGUCCGUGUAUAAAACCAACACUACAUCCGCCAUGAUCCCACUCUGAAGCUUGGAAUCCAUACUCAAACAAAGAAGAAUCAUCAACACAUCUAUAACCAUGCGCUUCUCCGUCGUCCUUGCUCUUCUCCCCCUUGCCACGGCUAUUCCUACUGCCAAGAGAGCCACUCCCGCUCCUCUCCUCACUCGGGAUGUCCAGCAGGCACACAUGGCCGACAAGUACAUUGUCAAGUUCAAGGAAGGCAGCCCCAUGUCUAUUGUCCAAGAUGCUUUGAAGCAUGUCACUGGAGAUGCUACCCACCAAUUCGAGCACAUCUUCCAGGGCUUUGCCGCCAAGCUGGACAAGCAGACGGUUGACCUUCUCCGCUACCUGCCUGAUGUUGACUACAUUGAACAAGAUGGUACCGGUUCCAGCACUGGAUACGUUACACAGACUGGAUCUACUUGGGGUCUUGGCCGCAUUUCCCAUCGCCAGAAGGGUUCAACAUCCUACGUCUACGACUCCUCCGCCGGAAAGGGUGUCUGCGCCUAUGUGACUGACAGCGGUGUUGACGAGAGACAUCCGGAGUUUGAGGGUCGCGCCCACCAAAUCAAGAGCUUUAUCCAGGGCUCCAACAUCGAUGACCUCGGCCAUGGAACCCACUGCGCCGGUACUAUUGGAUCUAAGAGCUACGGUGUAGCCAAGCAAAUUGAAAUCUACGGAGUCAAGGUCCUCAGCGCACAAGACAGCUUCCAGUAUUCUGACCUGAUUGCGGCCUACGACUUCAUUGCCCAGGACAGCCCUAAACGCAACUGCCCCAAUGGUGUCGUCGUCAGCGGCAGUCUUGGUGGCUCCAAGAGCCAAUCUCUCAACGACGCCGCCAACAAGAUGGUCGACCGCGGCUACUUUAUGGCCGUCGCGUCCGGCAACAACAAUGACAACGCAUCCUACUACUCGCCCGCCUCGGCUUCCAAGGUUUGCACUGUUGGUGGCAGCGACUCGAGCGACAGACGCUACACACAGUCCAACUAUGGCCCCGACGUCAACAUUAUCGGCCCUGCCGUCAGCGUCCUCUCGACACUUCCCAACAACGACUCGGCCUACUACACUGGCACAUCCAUGGCGACUCCUCACAUUGCUGGUCUGGCAGCAUACCUUGCUUCUCGUGACGGCGUCAAGGUCACGCCAUCCUUCUGCGGAAAGAUUCAAGACAUGGCUACCAAGAACGCCAUUGUCGAUCAGUCGUACAACACUGUCAACCUGCUUGCCUUCAACGGCAACCCAUCUGGUUGAUGAUCUUGGACUGAACCAACGUCAGCGCUGAAUCCCACGACAAAAUUUAUAUAUGGUAUAUAUGCAGUAUUUAUAAAUUCGUUUUCUUGUA